CAAAUUGUGGAAUUUUUUUCAUAUUCAUGUUCAUUUGCGGAUCCCUUGUUUAGACACACUGAGGUGACACCCACUAUAGCAAUGGGUGUAAUUGAUCCUUGUUCACAGGCAGCUUUUCAAACUGAAAAUGGUAAGUCUCUUGUAUAGACUCUAGUGCUGUUGAACAUGCUGUUACAGCAAGUGCAGUAGAUGCUUAUGCUAGCCCUGUGAAAGAUCUUUUUGACCAAUGUGAGGUGUCACCUCAAGUUUUUAUGGAUGUUUCUCAUGAUCCUUGUACUUCUGAACAGGUGCAAGAAGCCAUUCUGGGAGAUGAAUCUGCGACUUCGGUGUGUGGUAAAUGCGAGAUAUUCCUG